UGUCGCGAGAAGGCGUGGAGAGUCGACUGCGGCUCGAAAGCGCCUCAAGGCUGCGUGCUUUCUGUCCUGGUCGGCCGCGCGGUGCUUUGCGGCUGCCGUCAAGCGAGGCGCUGGGCCGGCGGGCGGGGGCCAAGGGGCUGCCAUGGCGGCGGCGGGCCGGCUGCCGAGCUCCUGGGCGCUGCUAGCGCCGCUCCUUGCGGGGCUCGCUCUGCUGGGAGUCGGGCCGGUCCCGGCACGAGCGCUGCACAACGUCACGGCCGAACUCUUUGGGGCUGAGGCCUGGGGCACCCUGGCGGCCUUCGGGGACCUCAACUCCGACAAGCAGACGGACCUCUUCGUGCUGCGGGAAAAAAAUGAUUUAAUCGUCUUUUUGGCAGACCAGAAUGCACCCUAUUUUAAACCCAAAGUAAAGAUAUCCUUCAAGAAUCACAGUGCAUUGAUAACAAGUGUAGUUCCUGGGGAUUAUGAUGGUGAUUCACAAAUGGAUGUCCUUCUAACAUAUUUUCCCCAAAAUCAUGCCAACAAUGAAUUAGGAGCUGUUAUCUUCUGGGGACAAAAUCAAACAUUAGAUCCUAACAAUAUGACCAUACUCAAUAGGACUUUUCAAGAUCAGCCACUAAUUAUGGACUUCAAUGGUGAUCUAAUUCCUGAUAUAUUUGGUAUCACAAAUGAAUCCAGCCAACCACAGAUACUAUUAGGAGGAAAUUUAUCAUGGCAUCCUGCUUUGACCACUAAAAGUAAAAUGCGAAUUCCACAUUCUCAUGCAUUUAUUGAUCUGACUGAAGAUUUUACAGCAGAUUUAUUCCUCACAACAUUGUCUGCCUCUAGUUCCUUCCAGUUUGAGAUAUGGGAAAAUUUGGGUGGGAACUUCUCUGUCCAAAAUAUACUUACAAAACCUCAAAAUAUGGUGGUAGUUGGACAGUCAGCAUUCGCAGACUUUGAUGGAGAUGGACAAAUGGAUCAUUUACUUCCAGGCUGUGAAGAUCAAAACUGCCAGAGAAGCACAAUCUACUUACUGAGAUCUGGAACAAAACAGUGGGUUCCAGUCCUACAGGAUUUCAACUAUAAGGGUACACUCUGGGGCUUUGUACCAUUUGUGCAUGAAGAAAGACCAACUGAAAUACCAAUUCCAAUUACCCUUCAUAUUGGAGACUACAACAUGGAUGGCUAUCCGGAUGCUCUUGCCAUACUAAAGAACACAUCUGGAAGCAACCAGCAAGCCUUUUUAUUGGAAAAUGUCCCUUGUAAUAAUGUAAGCUGUGAGGAGGCACAUCGGAUGUUUAAAGUCUACUGGGAGCUGACAGACCUAAAUCAAAUCAGAGAUGCCAUGGUUGCCACCUUUUUUGACAUUUAUGAAGAUGGAAUCUUGGACAUUGUAGUACUAAGUAAAGGAUAUUCAAAGAAUGAUUUUGCCAUCCAUACACUAAAAAAUAACUUUGAAGCAGAUGCUUAUUUUGUUAAAGUCAUUGUUCUUAGUGGUCUGUGUUCUAAUGACUGUCCUCGUAAGAUAACACCUUUUGGAGUGAAUCAGCCUGGACCAUAUAUCAUGUAUACAGCUGUAGAUGCAAAUGGGUAUCUGAAAAAUGGCUCAGCUGGACAACUCAGCCAGUCAGCACAUUUAGCUCUCCAACUACCAUACAACGUACUUGGUUUAGGUCGAAGUGCAAAUUUUCUUGACCAUCUUUAUGUUGGUAUUCCCCGUCCUUCUGGAGAGACAUCUAUACGAAAACAAGAGUGGACUGCAAUCAUUCCAAAUUCCCAGCUAAUUGUCAUUCCAUACCCUCACAAUGUCCCUCGAAGCUGGAGUGCCAAACUAUAUCUUACACCAAGUAAUAUUGUGCUACUUACCGCUAUAGCUCUCAUUGGUGUCUGUGUCUUCAUCUUGGCUAUAAUUGGCAUUUUACAUUGGCAAGAAAAGAAAGCAGAUGAUAGAGAAAAACGACAAGAGGCCCAUCGGUUUCAUUUUGAUGCUAUGUGACUUGGCUUUAAUAUUACACAAUAGAAUGAUUAUUCAUUUGAUUAGCUGAAAUACUAAAUCCUGGCCUAUAGAAGAAAAUAGGGGAUUUUGAAUAUUAUUUAUAAAUGAUGCAUCUCUUGGUAAUUAUUGGAAGAUAUUAAAAUAAAUACAGUCUGAAUGUCUCACAAAGUCUUUUUUUUUAAGCACUUUGUAAACAGUAAUUUAUUUACUCAGUACACUACUGUGCAUUUUUGUUCUUUUGUGGAAUGUGUUGCAUGUACUUUGGUGUUUAUGUAUUUAUAAUCUUAUUGGGGUAAUCAUAGAAAAAAUAUGUGUAAAUAAAAAUAUUUAAAUAAGCAGGAUUUUUCUUUGUUCCCCUUGAAUUGAUCUUGUUUCUUAUUCUAAUGGUGCAAACUCUACUUUUGCAAAUGUAUCACAGAUUAAAGUUAUUAAACAUUCACCUUCAACACAGCAGUUCAGGGGGCUCAAUGAUGGCAUACAAUAUAUUUGAGUACUCUUGCUUUGGAAUCACAGUAAGACUUGCCUUAAAUUCCUGGUUCCACAGCUUACAAAGUGAUUGUUUGAAUUUGGCUAUUGCUUAAACUCUGUAAGCCUAGGUUUGUUUAUACAUUGGGACUAAUAUACUUACUCGCUUAAGUUAUUGAAAAGAGUAAGUGGGAUAAUGUACAUAAAGUGUUUAAGCUCAGUGCCUAGCACAGAGUAAAGUGCUCAAUAAAUAGUAGCUGUCAUUGUUACUAUUUUAGGUGAUUUUAUUAGACUUCUACAAAUAAUUAUAAAAAUAUACAAUUGAUAGAAUUUUACUUUAAGCAUGAAGAAAUCACAUUCUUUGGAAAACUAAAAUUCUUGGUGGUUCAUAUCUUACAUGAAAUUUUCUUGAUCAUAUUAACUAAAAAUUAUAGUAUUACCCAAGAAUAAAUGUCCUAAAAUUUUUUAUUUGAAAAACUAAUCAUCAUGUGACAAUGAAGAACAUUUUAUUUCUUCAAAGGAACCUGCUAUAGACAGCAUCUAGGAAUACAAAUUUUCAAUCAAAUUUCUAUUCUCAAGGCUUGCAACAGUUGAUAAUUUACAUUCAGACUUGAAUGCAAAUUUUACACUGUGAAUUUCCUUUUGUCAAAAUUAAAUUUAAAAGACUUAAAUUUAGAUUGAGAAAAAAGUUCAUGUAUUAAGGAUAAUAAUUUUCUAAUGUGCACAUGGACAUGUAAUGGCUCCAAAAUAUAAAAUCUCUCUGAAAACAAUUUCGUUCUUCAUGUUAUUUUUUUUCUUUAUCAUUCACUGAGAGUGGCAUGUAUUAAAUUAGUUUACUUUGUAUCUGAGCAUGUGAAUGUGUCUUCUUAAUAAAUAUUCCUCAUUGAAGCAAA